AUGAAGUCGACUGCAGCAUCGACUUCAUUGUCAUCACCAUUCAAUGGAAAAACUAUUGUACUUGAACUUGGUCGUGAAAUUAGUUUUAAAGCUAAACAAGAAUUAAUCAAAUAUUUACAAGAACAACAAGCACAUAUUUCAUAUAUUCUUACAGCUAGUACUGACUACGUUUUGAUCACAAAUAAUGUAGAUAACUAUAAGACACGUCGUGCAAAACAACUUGGAUUACCACUAGUUAAUAUUGAAUAUGUUUAUGAAUAUCGUCGUUUACCACCUGGUCAAACAACGAUCGAUAUAAACAAAUUUAUCAUGAAGUCAGUGGAAGAUCAAGAAAAUUUUACUAACACUGGUACUAUAUCCGUCAUAGGACCUCGAGCUAAUGCAAUCAAAAUCAAUAAACUCGAUUUAACUAAAAUUAAAAUUUGGAAUUCAGAUGAUGCUAAUUUACCUUGUUUCGAUGAGUUAACACAUUGUGAAGUUGCAAAAUGGGCUAUUUUUAAAGAAACGAAUGAUAAUUCAGAUGUGUACUUUGCACUUGAACUUCAAGUCAUUCCUGAACAAUACUAUGAUCGAACAAUGAAUGAUUAUCGAAUACGAUUUCGUUAUGAAAAACAAACAAUUAUUAAUGAUGGACAACAAAAAAAUAAAAAAGUAUUAAUACAAUAUGCAUUCACUGAUGAUUCCUAUGAACAACAACAAUUGUUUUCUACGUAUUAUUAUCGAGUAGCUACAAUGCCACGUGUUACACGAAUUCGUGAGAUGUUACCUGAUAAAUUAGGAUCAAAACUAUUGUUACGUUCUUUAUUUACUCAUCGUAUCGAUACACAAAUACUUGAUGAAAAUGUCGGUCAAUUAAUCGAAUCAAUAUGGUUAGAAUCGAUUGGUGAUUUGAAUAAAAUGUUGAGCGUAGCGCCUGAAUCAAUCACUCUUAAAACAAUUAUUGAAGCUGAAGCUGCAUUACUUGAAUUGAAAACAACGAAUGAUCCUGCUACUGCACUUCGUUUCUAUUCACUCAUUCCUCAUCGAUCACAAUAUAAUGUUGAUCUUAUAAAAAAUCGUCGAGCAUUAACAGAAAAAAUUGAUUUAUGUCAAAUGCUUCGAGAUAUGCUCACAGUAAACGAAUUAACAAAUUGGAAUGUUAAAGCACCAAUCGAAGCCAAAUAUCGAGCAUUAAAAUGUCACAUUGAAAAUAUCGAUAGUUCAACACUAGAAUUUAGAAAUAUUACUGAAUUGAUUCAAUCAUCAACAGACAGUGGUGAACAAAUUGUUAUUCAUCAAAUAUUCAGUGUAGCUAAACAAACAGAUGCAGUAAAUUUUUGUACAUCUAUAUCAAAUCAACAGCAAUUAUUUCAUGGAUCAAAAUAUGCAAAUUUUCUUGGAAUUCUUUCACGUGGUUUAGCAAUGCCAAAAAUGGUAGUAGAAGACUUAGGUGUCACACGUACUGAUAUAGGUUGUCUUGGUUAUGGACUUUAUUUUUCUGAUUCUGCUUCAACAUCUUUAAAAUAUACAACAGCAAGUACAACACGACCUGGUAGACGAUUGUUAUGUAUUUGCCAAGUAGCACUUGGUGAAUCGGCUAAUUAUUAUUCAUUUGCACCAACUCUAGUCAAACCUCCUGAUGGUUUUCAUAGUACACAUGGAGUUAAACGAAUCGAAGAAAACAAUUCAAUGUUUAUUGAUAAUGAAUAUGCAAUCUAUCAACUUGAUCAACAACGUUUACUCUCUAUUGUCGAAGUUUCAUGGAUACUACAUGAUAAUUUAAAUAUUGAAUUAGAACGAUUGCCAAUUAUUCAUCAUCAACAACAUGCACUACAAUUAAGUGAACAUGACGAAGUUCCAAUGAUAAUUGAAGAUGAAGUUAUUGAAAUCGCCGAACAAGAUUAUGGUUUAAUAAAUCCAUCAUCGGGAAAACUUGUACCACUUAAAUCAUUUCAUAUUCGUGCUCAAAUUAUUGAUACUACUGUUGAAGUUGUUCUCUAUCAAGUUUAUCAUAAUACAAGUUCAAUACCAAUUGAAGCUAAAUAUGUAUUUCCUCUUGAUGAAAAUUCAGCUGUAUGUGGUUUCGAAGCACAUAUCAAUAAUAAAGUAAUAAAAGGUGUUGUCAAAGAAAAAGAACAAGCUAAAAAAGAAUAUCGAGAAGCAAUUGAACAAGGACAUGGUGCUUAUUUGAUGCAUCAAGAACAAGCACAAGUAUUUAGUGUAGCUGUUGGUAAUUUACCAGCAAAUAAUGAAGUCAUUAUUAAAAUAACUUAUGUUGCCGAAUUAGAAAUUGAAAAUGGUGAAAUUAUAUUUCGUCUACCAGCUAAAAUGGCAUCAUGGCAAUCGAAACAAGCACUCGAAAGUAAAGAUCAAUCAAUCGUACGAUCAAUUGGUAUUGCCGAUGAAAAAGUUGAAUUUAGUUUCAAAGCAUCAAUUCGAAUGCCAUAUGAAAUAAUUAAAUUAUUUUCACCAACACAUCAUCUUCGACGAAAAUUAACUGAUUGUAUAGCAAUGAUUGAACUUAUUGAUAAUGUUUUACUUGAUCGAGAUUUUGUUCUUUCGAUAACACUUAAAACUGCUAAUCUACCUCGAUUAUCAAUUGAAUCAUUAUUAUUAGAUAAUGAAAAUCAAACAACAAUAACAUCGAAUAAUAAUGAAUCUCAAGCAUGUAUGCUUACAUUUUAUCCACGAUUUGAAACAUUAACAAAGUCAAACGAACAAGUUGAACUUAUUUUUAUUAUUGAUGUAUCCAAUUCAAUGGAUGGUAGUCAUGUACAACAAGCUAAACAAAUAGCUCAUUUAUUUCUUACAAAUUUGAAAGUCGACGAUGGAAAUACAUACCUUAAUAUAGUUACAUUUGGAUCAGAUAAUGAUGAAUGUUUCCCAAUUUCAACACCAGCAACCAAAGAAAAUCUUGAGAAAGCUAAACAUUUUGUUCUACAUUCACUUGUUCAUCGUGGUAAUACAGAUCUAUAUGCUGUUCUUCAUCGUUAUUCACUAUUAACACCAUUACCAUCAUCAAAAUAUGGUCGUCAAUUUAUUAUUCUAUCUGAUGGACAUAUUCAUGAUUUUCAAUCGAUUCUUGUUCUACUCGAAAAUCAAUCAACUAUGCGUCAAGAUCGUAUAUUUACAUGUUCAAUAGGUAAUGUUGCUAAUAAACAUGGUUUGAAACAAUUAGCAAAUGGAGCACGUGGAGGUGGUCUAACGAUUGUUUUCGAUUCGAAUUAUCGAUCAAAAUGGAAAACAAAAGUAUUAAAUCUUCUUGAACAAAUUCGACAACCAUGUGUAACAAGUAUAUCAAUUGAUUGGCAUGGAAAUCCAGAUGAACAACAAAAAUUUAAUAUGCAAGCACCAAAAAUAAUUCGAUCAUUGUUUAAUGGAAUGCGAUUAAAUGUCUAUCGAUUUAUACAAAAUUGUCAUAAGGCUACAUUAACGGCUACUAUCGAUGGACAAGAGUUUGUCACUACAGUAUUUAGCAGUUCAACAACAAUGACCAAAGGACGUAUCUUGCAUUGUUUAACGGCUCGAGCAAUUAUUGAUGAUUAUGAAAAUGGAAUGUUACAUGUAGAUGAGAGUGAAAAUGAAUUGAUGAAAGUUCAAUAUAAACAAGAUCUCAUUGAUCUAAGCAUAAAACAUUCGGUUGUCAGUACAUAUACGAGUUUUGUUGCUAUCGAAGAACGUGAUGCUAAAACAGAUGCAAAAACUCUUCAACCAGGUGUUCAUCUUCUUGAUGUUAUGCAUGAUCGAGAUGUUGACUUAUUACCAUACAUAGGAUGGGAUGGUAAUAUAUCAAAUUUAGAUAUAAUCAAACAGAAAUUAAUCGAUGCACGUAUUUCACUUGAAAGUACAUCAAUUCAAAGCAAAAAAGAAUCUAUAGUUGAUAUGGAAAAACUUUGUGAAAAGAUUUCUUAUCGAGCAGGUGGUGAUGCAAAAUUUAAUUUGAUGAUGACUGUCAUACGUACGUAUCGUUAUACAUUAAAUGAGUAUGAAAAAGCAAAUGAAAUCGAAAAUAAAAUGCAAAGCGAUCUUAAAAAUGAAAUGAUCAGUGCAACAACAGAAGAACGACAAGCACUACAACAACGAUGUCAAGCUAAUGAUUUCAUCAUCGCCAGUGAUGAAAAUGAAUCAUUCGUCGAUUUUGAUGAUACGAUAAAUGCGAAAGAAUAUCGAUUACAAUUCGCAUCAAUAAUAAAUUUUCCGGAAGAACAAUCGUCUGUGCCACAUAUACCUGAGUUACGCAGCAGAGAUAGUGUUGGAGGUAGUGAUUUGUCUUAUGCACGAUUCACCGAUACGCGUAAGUCUCCUUUAAUGGAUUAUAAAUUGGCUACUAUAAAAAUCAUUUCAGGUGCUGAUGAAGAAGUUUCCAUGAAAAUGAAAGAGAAACCUGUGCCUGCACCACCACCACCACCACCACUAUUUGCAUCAACAACAAUGGCUCCCCAACUAUCAACACAUACUACUAUGAAGCAAGCGUCUGUAUUUCCUGUAUCAACAACUGUUGGUACUGCUCCUCUACCACCUUUCCCACGAAUGCCUCCACCACCACCUCCUCCACGAAUGCCUCCACCACCUCCUCCACCAUCUUUUCCACAAAUGUAUUCAUCAUAUGCUCCACUGCCUCAAAAAUCAACAGUAGCAUCAACAACGUCAUUCUCACAAGCUCCUCAAAUGGAACUUCCAAACGCACUUCAAGCACAAUCAUUGUUACUAGACGAGUCAGCAGCUCUAUAUGGUAGUGAAGGUAGUCGUAUGGAAUCUUCAGCGACACAAACAACAACAACAACAACAACAGCAAUGGCAUUACAUCCUUGGGCAAGUACUAGUGGAAAAAGUUUGCCACGUAGUGCUCAACAUGGCAAAUCAAUGAUUGUUGCCAAGAAAUCACAAACUUCAAUGGAUGGUAACAUUCAAUCAUCAAUAGAACUAUGUUCAAUAGUUGACGAAUCUGUAGAUAAUAUCCUUCUUCUCGAUGUUUGUCCACUUGGUCUUGGUAUUGAAGAUAUUCAUGGUCAAAUGCACACAUUUAUUCGUCGUAAUACUACCAUUCCAACAUGUACACAAUUCUAUCCAAUAUUCACCAAUGCUUAUGCCUAUCAAAUAACAGCUACUAUUCGUAUAUUUGAAGGCGAACACAAUCUUACAAAAUACAAUAAUUUUUUGGGUGAGUUUAACCUUUGUGGUCUGACGAGUAAUUAUGCUGCUCAGACACUUGAAAUCUCUAUUCGAAUGGAUCUUGAUGCUAAUGGUAUACUUCAUGUCGACGCUGAAGAAACACGUUCGGGUGCCAAAGCUUCCUUUACUAUCACAUCUAAUGAUCAUCAAAGAUUAACAAAAGAUGAUAUUGAGCGACAUAUUACAUAUGUUAACAGUGAUCCAAGUUUUGCAGCUAAAUCAGUUUAUGAUCGCAAAUCCAAUGAUCCAUUGUACAAGCUCGAUGGUGAAACUGAAUCUGUACUACACAAUUUUUCUGGUGAAACCAUGGAUUCAUGUGAUCAAAUGUCUAACGCACCUCUUCUUAGUAAACUGAAAGAUGUUCGAUCUUCUGCAACCAUGAUUGAAGAACUUUUCAAACUUCAAUCUAAGGAUGGAUCGUUUACAUUGAAUAAAGAUUUAGCUGAUGUAUUUCAAAUUGAUGUUGGUACUUUUAAUGGUCUUGAAAAUUACUUACGUGAACAAGCAUUGAAUAUACGGAAUGAAAUACUUUGUUUAAUUGGCACAGGUGUUAUUCUUAUUUGGCUUACUCUUCAAACACUAGUGUCACAACAAAAUACAUUUCAAUUUUUAUUUGAUAUUGAACAAAUGAAAGCAAUAAUAACAGCAAAAGAAUUAGUAAUGUUAUUUCAUCAUAAUUGCACAAUAAGUACAGUUAUGGAUACAAAUCAACAACAAUACGAUGAACAAUUACAAAUUCUUCAAGAACGUUAUCCACAAACAUCAAAAGACAAAUUAAUUCGUCUUUUACAACGACAUAAUAAAGAUGUCGAUCAGGUUUGUGCACGCCUUAUUCAAAAAGAAGAUCGUGCUAAUAAACGUAAUACACUUGAAACACGUUUCGGAACUGCAUUAACAGCAUUACAGCAAGAACUACCAUGGAUUCAAUCAAUGAGACGCAUUCGCUUAUUGAAAAUGAUGGAGCGUUUCAAUGGUGAUAUUGAACAAGUUCGAAAAUUUUUACAAACUUCAUUAGAAAGACAUCGUAAACAUGGUGAAAGUUCGAACGUAUCUAAACUUGAACAACAAGAAGAACUAAAAGCAAAAUAUGCAACUCAAUUAGCUGAAUUAAGUGCAGCUGGUAUUGAUAUUAAUUGUUCAUGUAUACUUCGACGAUUGGAGAAAAAUCAAGGUGAUAUUACUAAGAUUAUGGAAAAAAUCUCGCACCGCGCAGCAAAGAAAGAAAAAUUAGCAAUGCUUGAUAAAAAAUAUACGCAUGAAAUAGCCCAACUCGAAGCUGAUGGUGUUGUUGUUAAAAAUAAACAUAAUUUAAUACGUUUAUUAGAAAAAGCGAAUGGACAAAUUGAUGUUGCUAAACAACUUUUAAAUGAAAAAAAAGAAAAACAUGAUAAAAAACAUCGAGAUAAAACAAAAGAAAAAACUGAUGAAAAAGAUUCAAAAUUAAGAAAACGACGUGAAUUAAGUGCUGAUAAUAUUAAUAAUCUUAAACGACUUCGUUCAGCUGGUGUUCAUGGAAAUCCAAAAAAAAUACUGGCAAUAUUUCAUGAAUGUAAUCAAUCAAUUGAAGUGGCAAUUGCUCGGAAUCACGAAGAACAAGAACGACGCCAUCAAUCUCAACAUGAACGAAAAUUAAAACGCCAACUAUUAGCUGAAGCUGAAAAUAGUUAUAUAACAAUCAAUAAUCGUGAUGAUUGGCCAAAAAAUAUUGAAAAAGUUUAUUUAGAUGGAAACAAUAUGAUGUUUGUCGUUGAUUCUCUUCGUCGUUUAUGUUUAAAUCGUGCUGGUAAAAAAACUGAACGUGCUUUAGGAGAAUUAGCUUCUGCAUGGAAUGAACAAAUGCAUAUACAAUAUGUUGAACUUAUCUUUGAUUCAACACAUCAAUUAGAUCAAAUUGGUACAAUUAAAGUUUCAAGUGCUCAACCUAAAUAUCGAACAACUGAUGAUAUGUUAGUUGAAAUAGCACGACAAGAUGACAAUCGUGAAAAAAAUAAUCGUACCGUUGUUGUAACAUCUGAUCGAGGUUUAGCUGCACUUUUACAACGUGAAGGAUGUUUAUUGGUUAAAUCAUAUCAUUGGUUUGCACAUUGUGUUAUGACUUUGGCACCGGAUUUGAUUGAUUUUGAAGAAUUAAAAGAUAAGACAAUAGCAACAACAUCAGCAAAAAAGAAAAAUCGUUAUAAUUUUGAUGAACUUCUCCAUCGUAUUGCGAAUAUUGAUAUAUAA